AUGUGGAUUCUCCUGGGGCUCGGCACUGCGGUGGUGGCCAUUGCGGUAGACUACUCUCAAUAUGUGAAUCCAUUCAUUGGAGGCGCUGGACCAUAUCCUGGACUUGCAUUUGGCGGCGGCGACAUAUUCGUGGGAGGCGCAGUACCCUUUGGAUCUGUCAAGGUCGGCGUCGACACUUUCGAAACGAACAUAAGCUACGCUCAAAUCAAUGGAGGAUGGACGCCGGAAGGUCUCGUCACAGGAAUCAGCAUGCUUCAUGUGUCUGGUACAGGAGCCUCGCCGAAAUAUGGACUGAUUCCUCAAAUGCCUUUGACGACUGUCGAGCCUCCGGUCAAUGUUCUCGAUAAUACGACCUACUGGCAGAAGAGGGUAGGCAACGACAGCGCUUCCGUCGGAUAUUACAAGACUAACCUGGAAAAUGGAGUCCAUGUCGAGCUGUCUGCAACGCAUAAUGCUGGCAUCAUGCAAUACCACUUUCCCGCCGGAGAGAAGCAUGUUCUCGUCGAUGUCUCGCAUUACAUCCCCAACCCUACUGGCGGCUACGCUUCGCAGACAUUCCAAGGCGGCGAAAUCUCGAUCCAUAAUGCGACAUAUACCGGUUAUGGCGUCUUUGGCGGUGGCUGGAAUGAGGGAGCUCCUUUCCCUGUGUACUUUUGUGGAGAACUUGACACUGCUCCUCGUGAAAUCAGGACAUUCCGCGGUCCGAAUACUGAUCCAAUGACGAGGAUCCAGGGUCUCAGCAGUGAGCCAAUUCAGCAGCCGCUAUUCGAUCAAGCUGAUUAUCAGAAGUCUGGUUGGAGCAAUGAUCGUAUCGGAGCGGUUUUCAGCUGGUCGAAUGGCACUGCUGGACGAAUUCGAUCUAAAGUUGGCAUUAGCUUUGUGUCUGCUGAGAAAGCAUGCCUUUUUAAGGAUCGCGAGGUUACUUCCUGGAGCCUCAACACCACGGUCAAUGCUGCCGUCAAGAAAUGGAACGAAGAGGUCUUCGAAAAGGUCAGAGUACCAACGGAAGGACCCCGUGUCAACAGGACCAAUCUGAUCCUAUUAUACUCCUCGCUAUACUUCAUGCACUUGACCCCGUCAGAGCGGACCGACGACAAACCAUUCUGGGAUAGCCAAGAGCCGUAUUGGGACGACUUUUACACUCUGUGGGAUCUCUUCCGCUGCACCGUGAGCCUCUACCAUCUUAUUCAGCCGGCAGCAUAUGAGGAAAUGAUCCGUGCGCUCAUCGAUACAUGGCGGCAUCAAGGUUACAUGCCGGAUGGUCGUUCUGGAUUCUCGAAUGGCCAGUCGCAAGGCGGCAGCAACUCAGAUAACGUGCUUGCGGAUGCGUAUGUGAAGGGGUUGAGAGGGGGUAUCAACUGGACCGCUGGAUAUCAUGCAAUGUUGAAGAAUGCGGAAGUUCAACCCAUCAACACGUUCAGCCAUGAUGAUGAGUCGGCGAGUGCGAAGGAGGGGCGAGGUGCUCUCGACGAUUGGCUGAAGGUUGGUUAUGUCUCUUCGACCAGUACUCGUGCCAUUUCUCGAACGGCCGAAUACGCCCUGAAUGAUUUCGCUGUCAGCGUUGUGGCUGCUGGUGAGGCGCCAAAGGAUGUGCAGAAAUAUCUUCGCAGAAGUGCUGGCUGGCAAAAGAUCUGGAAUGGAAAUAUUCACAGUCGUGGGUUUAAAGGCUUCCUGGCCCCCAAAACGCUGAACGGGACAUGGAAUCUUACAAAUUACGACGUCCUGCAAUGUGGUGUUUCGGAUUGCGGGUUCUUGGGGUACUCGUUCCAGACGGUACCCUUUGAGGAGAGCUUCCUAAUCCCGAUGGACAUGGAGAGUCUAAUUGAAAAGUUGGGUGGUGACGAUGAGUUUUCGAGACGGCUGGACUAUAUUUUCCAACCAAACACUAGCGCCAUGGAUCUCGGUGUGAACGGUGCAGACAUCACCACCAUCAUGAACAUAGGCAAUGAGCCAGACUUUGGGAUACCUUACCUCUACAACUACAUCAACAAGCAGUACAAGUCAGUGAAUCAAUCCCGCGCCUUGGCCAAUCAAUACUUCAAGAACGAGCUAUACGGCAUACCUGGGAAUAGUGACGCAGGGGCUAUCAAUUCGUGGCUGGUAUGGUCGAUGAUUGGUCUGUACCCUAUUACAACGCAGCCGAUAUACUUGCUGGAGUCGCCCUGGUUUGACGAUAUCAACAUCACUGUCAAUGGCAAUGCAACUCUGCGAAUUCGGAGUUCUGGAGAUCCGAUAACGCUCGGCCAGACAGGAUUCUUCGUGAAGUCGGUCAAAGUGAAUGGGGAGGGUUGGGAUAAAAACUGGCUGGAGCACGAUCAGGUAAUGGUAAAUGGAGGAACGAUUGAUUUUGAGGUAGGAAGUGAGACGGUAGUCUGGGAGAUGGGAGUGUUGCCACCGAGUCCGGGGCAUAUUACAUUAUGA